CUUGUCUGCACAUGAAGUUUUGUUUUUCAGACAAAAUUCAUUUGAUAGCACGCCCACACCGACAAUAAUCUGACGAAAAACGUGCAUUGGAAAUUGCUGUAAGCCUAUUUCUUCAUAUUGUACACAAUUUAUUUGGUAGCCGGUCUACACCGAACUAAAUCUGUCGACAAACGUGCACUGGACAAUACAGCACUCAGAAGGAUGGAUGCAGUUCCAGGGCGAAAGGCGAGAAUGGCAUCUUGUUUGGCGCCUGGCCUCACCUACUGCCAGCCGUGCGUGGAGGACGGCAAGAAAAUCCUCCCCGAGGCCUUCUGUCCCGUCUGCAAGGAGUUCCUGUGUUCUAACUGUGCCCGAGUACACCGGAAUCAGAAAAUAACCAAACGCCACGCCCUUCAGGACAAGGACCGUAUGCCUUCCUCAUUCCACGAACAGAGUGAAGAGGAAAUGUUUACAGAAACAUGUCAGCGUCAUGCUAAAGAGUUUAUCAAAUAUUACUGUCAGCGUCAUUAUGGACUUUUGUGUGGAGACUGUUUAAUUGAGAAUGAAGAUCAUCGCUCUUGUAAAGUAGAGAAAAUUCAGCAAGUGGCAAAACGGUAUAAGCAGGGUGCAGAAUACAACAGCCUUAAAACAGGACUUGUCAACACGGCCAGUGACAUUAGCAAAAUUUCACACGACAUACAAGCGAUCAUGAAAUCAGUUGACGAAGAAAGCCUUACCAAUAUCAAUGAGCUUCGCAAAUUCAUGAAUAAUAUAAACCGGUACCUGCAAAAAAGGGAAAACGAACUCUUGGCAGAAAUCGAUCGGAAGAAACGGACAUCCAAGACACUGCUAGAUGAACUGAAAUCAAAAUGCACAAAUAUGAAAUCAUCCAUUAAAAAACUAAAAUCGGAGCUACAAGCACAGGACGACAACAGCAAUCAGCUAUUUAUAGUAGGAAAGCGAGCUAUAAAAGAGCUGGUAGGUCUCCAGGCAGCCCUGGAAGAGGUGAGCAGGAGGAGUGAUCAAUAG